AGUUUUUUUAAUGUUUCAAAGUGCUUUAUAUGAUAAAGUUUGGUGUCUGUCGGUAUUCUUAUAAGUUCAUUAUAUCAAUCAAGUUUUUCGACGGUUUUUUUGCUCGAAAAGAUCAGGAUGGCUUCUUUCUCAAUGGAGGAUUUUGUGGGAACCGGAUGUCUGCAAAAACUUCUUCCGAAACUGUUAGAUGACGGUUGGGACGAUGUUCCAACUUUGAAGAUAAUGAAUUCGGAAGAUAUGAUUGCACUUAACAUGACUCAAGCACAACAGGAUGCGUUAGAGAUCAGAUCGUACCUCCAUGAUCGCGCACUUAUGCAAUAUGCCGACAAGCUAGAAGCUUCCGGAAACUGUCUGGCCGAGCUUCUAAACCUUGCAACAUCAGAUCUUUCGGCUCAGUUCGCCAUGAAAAGAGGACACAUUGCACGGUUCAUGGACCGCACCUCUCAAUGUGAAGCUGAUCCUAUCCCACAAUCAUUUUCACUCCCCGCAAGAAAACCAACGGUCCCACCAUCCCGAACCAUGUCCAAGACCACCCAAUCCAUUACAAGACCAAAACUACAAACCAUGUCAACACGAAGCGCUAUAGCUUAUGAUGCCACAAUCGAGCAAUCUAUAGCGGACUUCAAGAUAAAAGACGGGUAUGUAUUCAAAGGAAUCGUGGCAGCUUUGCCCGAUGAGCCACGGGCAUGUGGGUGCAUACAACCUCCUCCUAUAGUUGAUGAUGCGGCGCCAUACUCUAGCAUCGAGAAUAUUUCCGUUCAGAAACUAACUCCUGAGUAUAAGAUAGGAAUGGAGCGGUUGGUCAAGUCAAAGGCGCCACCUAUGCGCGCUUCGGAUCUGUGGCGUGACAAACCGUCGCUACUUCUUUGUAUCCGUCGACCGGGGUGCAUCAUGUGUAGAGCCGAGGCACACAAACUUUAUUCAAAGAAGCCCAUAUUUGAUGCAUUAGGGAUCAAUUUGUUAGCUGUUCUUCAUGAACAUAUAGAAUCAGAGGUAAGAGAUUUCUGGCCAAGAUAUUGGGGUGGUGUUGUACUUCUUGACAAGAACAUGGACUUCUUCAAAGCUCUAGGUGGAGGGACAUUACUCAAGGACAAAUUCAUAUCCGGUUUUUUAUUCAAUCCGCGAGCGCGAGCCAACUAUAAGCGCGCGAAAGCCAUGGGUAUCGAGCAAAACUUCAAGGGGGAAGGUGAGAUCAAAGGUGGACUUUUUAUACUUGGCAGAGGAAGAACUGGAGUUGCAUACCAGUUUAUCGAACGAAAUUUUGGUGACUGGGCACCACUUUCGGAAAUCAUUGAUAUCUGUACAAGAUUAAAGAAUCAACAAGCUGCUAUCGAGGAGGAUUCGAUAGCUUCACGCGAUUAUGAAUGAGUUUAAAGGUGUUAAUAUUGAUUGAAUGAAAGGGAUAAAGAUUGGAGAUACAAAGAAAGAAAAAAAGAGAUAAUGUAAGAGAUUUGUUUGUUUGUUUAUUUAUAUGUUUCCUUAUUAGUAGGAGAAGAAUUAGCUUGCGGAACAAGUUAUUGUUUUAGUAUAAAUAGAGCGUUAAGGUCUAUGUAUUGCGUGUGGUCUUUAAUAUUAAUAAUAUAGAGUCGUGAUCUUGUGAUUGAGUCGCAAA